GAAAGAAAGAAAGAAAGAAAGAAAGAAAGAAAGAAAGAAAGAAAGAAAGAAAGAAAGAAAGAAAGAAAGAAGGAAAGAAGGAAGAAAAGGUCUUCGCAGAUCCUCAGGAAACAGUGCUGCACGCGCCCACUAGGGGGCAGCGGGUUGGGGCGCACAGACCCGCAGAGCCGCGGUCAGGGCCGGAGCUCCGCCCCGUGACCGUGACCAAGGGCAGAGGGCGGCCUGCGGGCUGGGGGCGGCGCCGCGGGAGCGCCUGGAGCUGCGCGAUGGGUGCAGAGGCCACCGAGAGGACGACGCCACUAGAGCAGCUCGUGGGCGAAGCGGAAACCAGCCUGCUGGAGUGCAAGGUGUGCUUUGAGAGGUUCGGCCCCCGCCAGCAGCGGCGCCCGCGCAACCUGCCCUGCGGCCACGUGGUCUGCCUGGCCUGCGUGGCCUCCUUGGCGCACCCGCGGACGCUGACCCUCGAGUGUCCCUUCUGCCGGCGAGCCUGCCAGGGCUCCGAGACCAGCGACUGCCUGCCGCUGUUGCAGCUGCUGGAGCUCCUGGGCUCCCCUCUUCCUCCGGUCCCCGCCGCCCCGUGCGCCGCCUCGCGCGCCCCGGGGACCCUCACCUGCCACCACGCCUUUGGGGGUUGGGGGACCCUAGUUAAUCCCACCGGGCUGGCGCUGUGUCCCAAGACGGGGCGGGUGGUGGUGGUGAACGACGGUAGGCGAAGGGUCAAGAUCUUUGACUCUGCGGGAGGAUGCGCUCAUCAGUUUGGAGAGAAGGGGGAUGCCUCUCAGGACAUUAAGUACCCCCUGGAUGUCACGGUCACCAGCGACUGCCACGUGGUUGUCACCGACGCUGGCGACCGCUCCAUCAAAGUAUUUGACUUGUUGGGCCACAUCAAGCUUGUCAUUGGAGGCCAGUUCUCUUUACCUUGGGGGGUGGAGACCACCCCCCAGAAUGAGGUCAUAGUCACAGAUGCAGAGGCUGGGUCUUUGCACCGCCUGGAAGUUGACUUUCCUGAAGGGGUCCUGCGGAGAACUGAAAGGCUGAAGACGCACCUGUGCAGUCCUCGAGGGGUGGCGGUGUGUAGGCCCACCGGGGCCAUUGCUGUCAUAGAACACCCCCUGGCUCUGGGGUCCCAGGCUGGGAAUACCACAGUGAAGGUGUUUAGUUCUAGUAUGCAGCUCAUUGGCCAGGUGGAUACCUUUGGGCUGAGCCUCUGCUUUCCCACCAAAGUAACUGCCUCGGCUGUCACCUUUGAUCACCAGGGGAAUGUGGUUAUUGCAGAUACUUCUGGUCAGGCUGUCUUAUGCUUAGGAAAACCUGAGGAGUUUCCGGUACUGAAGCCGGUUAUCACCGGAGGUCUUUCUCAUCCUGUGGCUCUGACUUUCACCAAAGAGAAUUCUCUUUUUGUUCUGGACAGUGCUGCCCAUUCUGUAAAACUCUUUAAGGCUGAUUGGGAGUGAUAAGGUGUGGAAUCAGAAACCCCGAAGCUGCCACCAAUAGACAAUUAGGUUAACACUAGAAAAGUUGCUAAAUUUCAUCUAUCCAGUAAGGAGAAUUAUUACUUGUUCACAAAUUUAUAAAGGUUGAGGCAAUUUUUAAAGAAUAAUAAUUAAAUCUACCAUUUACUGAGUAUGUACUUAUGUUAAGAAAUUUGGAGAUAUUACCAAGAGUUCACUAGAUUCUUACAAAUACUUAUGAGAUAAUGUCUGGUUUUAGUUCUAUUGUAGAGAUGAGAAAAUUGUAGCUGAACUACAAGUCUGAUUCCCAGACUCCAUGAGUCUGGGAAAUGUGAGUGUAUAUUGUUGCUAUGUCUUAUCUGUUUAUAAGCACCUGUUUUUUGUUUGUUUGUUUUUUAAGAAUUUAUUUACUAAUGAUAAGGAUAGGAGGAAAGAACCAGACAUCACACUGGUCAUGUGCUCCUGGGGAUGGAACUGAGGACCUCCUACUUGAGAGUCCAAAGCUUUAUCCACUGUGCCAACUCCCGGACCACAGUACCUGUUUUGUUUUUUUUAAUGAGCUGUACACACACACACACACACACACACACACACACAAGAAAACAUUAAAAAGUUCAGGAGAAUACGGAUUUUGAAGUUAGCAUCAGUUUGGUUCAACUCAUAACUCCUCCAAAGGCACAUUAGAUGAGAUUACUGUGGAUCCUAAAUUACUUACAAAUAAACUACUAAGCUGCUUAUUCAGAUGUUAGACAUAACUUUUAUUACCUCCAUCUUCUCCACUAUAGGCAGUGAGGUAAAACUACUUGUUCAGUUAUGAAAGACCUGUGUUGAUGUAAAUUCUGAAGAGCUGUGAACACUGUAUAAUCCAUACUACUUAGAGGGCCAGAUGGUAUUUCUUUUUUUUAAUAUUUUAUUUAUUUAUUUAUUUAUUAAUGAGAAAGAUAGGAGGAGAGAGAGAAAGAACCAGACAUCACUCUGGCACAUGUGCUGCCGGGGAUUGAACUCAGGACCUCAUGCUUGAGAGUCCAAUGCUUUAUCCACUGUGCCAACUCCUGGACCACAGAUGGUAUUUCUAUUACAUGUUUAUGUUAAUAAAGUGUUAACUUAGUACAACCAGUUACUGGCAGAAGUGAUUUUGCCUGCCAUUUUAUAACCAGUGGUAACCUGCGGUACUUUUGCUUUUUUUUUUUUCUUCUAUAUAUCUGAAAUUUGUCCUAUGUGAGGGUCAGCAAGAAGUGUCUGCUUUGUCAUCUAAGCUAUUCAAGUUCAAGACCCAACCCCCACAGCACUGGGUAAGCCUCGGUGCUGUGGUGUCAUCCCUCUCUUUCAAUCUGGAAAAAAAUCAAUCUAGAGUGGUGAAACCUCAGGGGCAAAUAAAUAAAUAAGUUUAUCUCA